CAACGUCAUCCAGAGUUCAUCGUGAACUGGAAAGGACGUCAAGGAAAAUGUCAUCCAGUCAGGUCAGACCUCCCACAUCAGAGCUUUUAGAACUUCAUGUUUUUUAUGUUCCGGAAGAAGUGUGGAACUUUAAGUUGAAUACAGUCUCAUUGGAUGCUACUAGCAAAUUCUUUUCAGCUGGAUUUAUAAGGGUGUCCCCUCAUAUGACCUUAAGAACACUAAGAGAACAGCUUCGAGAGCAUCUAGACGACAAUGCAGUUGUGAAAAAAUAUACUUUUCUGAAAUGCAUAGGGGGGAAACUUGCAGUGGUAAAAGCAAAGCAAGAGAUGGAACUGAAACUUAGAUCAUUUGCUCCUCCAUAUGCAUUUUAUCCAGAGCUUUAUUUGUUACCUGGAGUAGAAAGUAUUUAUUCAUCUUCAUCAUCAACUCCAGAGAGACCUCUCAAUAAUGCAGAAUGUGUGUUAGCGAAUACAUCUCAUCAUAAACCACAUAUGUCCGCUGCUCCAGAUCAUGGAGUGGAUCAAAACACAGCAGUUUUGGAGACCUCCCUGAAAAAUAAUUUAAGUCAGAUGCAAAAAAAAGACGAAACCUAUUCUAACAUAGACAAACAGGAAUUCAUUGCAACUCCCUGUAUACUGCAUGAUUUAAAUCCUGAAGAACAGAAUUCUGUAAAAAAUUCAAUAUCUGUGAAAACUCCUCAAAGAAAACCUCAAAGACAAGCCCUAAAAAGGCAUAACUCUCCCAGAAAUUGUGAGGAAUAUGAAGGGACUGUUCCUCAUGUAAAUCAAAGCAGUGACCAAGAGAAGACUGAAGUAAAUCUCCUCCAAUGUAAGAUCAAAGAAGAAAUCUCAAUACUGUUGGAUACAAAUACAGAAAAUGGAGACAAUGCAAAAGAAAGACAUACCACAGGAGAUUCUGGAAUCCUAGAAUCCUUGGAAGAUAGAGAUCUGGAAUAUUUAACCAGCAAGAAAAACCAACAGCAUCCUGAUGUUACCAAGUCUGCUGCUGAAACUGGUGGCAUGCAGGAUAACCAGGCUGAUGAGAAUAACAUAAAUAAUUGUGCACAUCCGAGUCAGUAUUUUCAGCCUCCUACUCCACCUCUUCUGGCUCUGUGUAUAAAUAAACCUCAAGCUCCCAACAGAGUAUUUUCAACAGAGGGAAAUGAGUUAAAUAGACAGUUGCAACAUAUCAAGGCAGAAAGAAAGCAUCUGGAGAAGACUAGAGAGCAGCUGGUUAAAAAAGUGAAAGGUUUGCUUGAGCAGAACAAACUAAGGAGAUGUCAUGCUCGUGACAUAUGGAAGAAAAAAUACUUUGAAACUAAGAAAAUCACAGCUUCCUUGGAGGAAGAUUUAAAUAAACUGCAGGAAAAUUUGGAGCUUCAUUACCAGAAAGUAUCGAAGAGGCUACAAGCUAGGCAUGUCCGGAAAAGAGGGAAUAAUUUAACAAAGAAUAAUACAAUUAUCCAGAUUACAACUCUGCAGCAUGACAUUGAGCAGCUAAGAAGAAAGUUAGACAAUGCAAAAAUGAAGCUAGCUAUUGGAAUUAAGAUGAGAAAGCAGGCCACAUCUGAUUUACAAGCCCUGAAAGCUGAACUGGCACACAAGAAGGUUCAGGCUUCAUUAAAACUUUCUUCUGAAAAACAAGUGUAUUAGCUGGCUCCAGUUUAUGAAAUUCUUCUCUGUAUAUUUGUACUCAC